CCAGCCAAUGAGAAGUUAGCCCGGAACUCUCCUAACGCCUCACAUAUUACAGCAGCAAGCAUGGUGAAGUCCGGAACACCAGGUGGAAAGAUCAACAGACCCAAAACAGAGCUGGGCAAGAAGCUCUUUAAGCGGCGGAGGAAUCUGACCCGUGAGAAGAGGAAACGACACAUCAAGGUGGGAGCUGUGGUGGACGAAGGACUCACCACCAUCCACCAUCUCAGGAAGAGAAACUCCAGUCCCAGAGCCAACAUCACUCUGUCUGGGAAGAAGAAACGCAAGCUGCUCAAACAGCUGCAUCACAUGAAAGCAGAGAAGGCCGCUAUGGAAGUUGAGGCAGCCCCAAAGAAGGCGAAGGGGGUGCCAGCCCCAAAGAAGGCGAAGGCGGUGCCAGCCCCAAAGAAGGCGAAGGCGGUGCCAGCCCCAAAGAAGAUGGCAGCAGCCAGUGACAAGAAAGGGGGUGUGUCCGAGGGGGAUGUGGACAUGGCAGAUAUGGAAUGAGAAGAGGAGGAUGAGAGACUGUUCUGUUGGCCCCAUAUUCAGACUGGGGCCCCCGUAUUCAGACCGGGGCCCCAUAUUCAGACCGGGGCCCCAUAUUCAGACCGGGGCCCCAUAUUCAGACUCGGUGCCCCAUAUUCAGACCGGGGGCCCCAUAUUCAGACCGGGGCCCCCGUAUUCAGACCGGGCCCCCGUAUUCAGACCGGGGCCCCAUAUUCAGACCGGGGCCCCAUAUUCAGACUCGGUGCCCCAUAUUUAGACUGGGGGCCCCAUAUUCAGACUGGGGGCCCCAUAUUCAGACUGGGGGCCCCAUAUUCAGACUGGGGGCCCCAUAUUCAGACUGGGGGCCCCAUAUUCAGACUGGGGGCCCCAUAUUCAGACUGGGGGCCCCAUAUUCAGACUGGGGGCCCCAUAUUCAGAAAGCCACUCAGAUUAGGAGGCUGAUCCUGGAUCAGUUUUAGCUUUUUAGACCUAAUGAAUAUGGUUAUAUGGACGGUGGAGGCCUGAUCCUGAGCCAGUCUCUUGUGUUUGUGUAUCUGAAUGUCGUCAUUGUAAAUACUAAUUUGUUCUUAACUGACUUGCCAAGUUUAAAUCAAAUAAAAAAACUGACAGAA